AUGCAGUCCCAACUCACGCGGAGGGUUUUUCGAGCCAUUCUCAACAACGAGCCGCUAUCCUCAUCUAAAUGUCAAAACCGAUGCAUACAUACCGUCCGGCUAUCUAGGUCUCGGAAGGUGGCAUCAGGGCCUUCUUACGUCCAGCGACGCGGAUUGUUCGCUUUCAAUUUCAAUCCCCCGACUGCUCCGCCGUCGUCGACAUUGCCUUCCGAGGUUGGGCUGAAGCCAAUGCGCGAUUUGCUUGUAUCAUUACGGAGCAAAAGCAGACAACCGGAGGUUGAUACUCUAGCGAAGGCUUUCCAAGAUUUUUUCGAAACCCGUGCUGGGGAGCCAGGAGUUAUCACACAAUUUCAAGCGCAGCUGAUCAGUACGACGUGGUAUCAUUUGCAGUCUCUUGAGGAAUCUCUAGAUUCAGAGGAAUGGCAGAGGGUUUUCUCCAACGAGAGCUUGGAAAACGUUCUGUAUGUGUUGUCCAAAGCGGAAUGCCUACCUCAGGCGCACGGAGUGAUACGGUUAUUUGCCCGUUCUGUGUUCCAAGCGCUCUGCGAUAACCCCGACAUCGGGCGAGACGGACUCCAUCAAGGCGCAAUAAUUUCCUACAUUGAUAUUCAGGCCAUCUACGGUGACCCCGCCGAGGCGCGGCAGACUGUUGAGAAAUUCUGGGGUAGCCUGCGUAAAGUCAGUCCUUCACCUUGGCUGGCGGUAAUAAGGGGAUUCGCGCUGCUGAGUGAUGAUAAACAGCAAAUCAAGCGGGUUGUCAAGAGAAUUGGCGAGUACGGCGUCUCUUUUGAUUCGGCUUCACAAAAAGACCUGAUUCAGUUCCUUAUCGAACAAGAUCUCCUUGAUGCGGUCAAAGUGGUUUAUGAAUGCCCAUUGUCUGAUCCUGAAGGACCCAGUAUAUCGACAAAGCUGGCCGCCAUAAAAUAUGCUAUAAUGAAAACCGACACUGCUUGGGCGCAGCCUAUCUAUGAGUCUCUUCCGUCCGACAGCGCCUCGGAAAGCAUCGGGAUUCGACUCCUAUGGAAUGCCGCGCAAGGGAAAGAUGCGUCACAAAUUGCAAGAAAUGUUGAAUCCCUGGCGUCGAAGGAACCAGAGUUGUGGCAGUCGCUUACGAUCUCUUGCGUGAACGACUUGAUGCAAUAUGCGAAUGCGACCAAUAAUCCUACUUUAGCCUAUGAAUGCAUGACAUUAGCUCCUGCAUGGGGACUUGUCCCUGAUUCGCAAACUCAGUUAUUACAUCUUGAGUCACGUAUCCAGGCCGGUGAUUUGGCUGAGGUGUUGAAUUCUAUUGGGGAUUUGGAGGGCCUAAAUACCACAGCGCCCGAAGCUCUUCCUUUGAUGAACAAACUUAUCACAAUGCUCUGCACCUCGGGCCAGGAUGAUACGGUUUUCAACCACAUCUCGUCUCUCCUUGAUCCCCUGCUAGAUAAUAACGUGCGCUUCGAGGCGGACACGCUCACAGCAUUAACGCACAUGCUUCUCUACCGCCACGACCUGGAAGCUGCCUCCGAGUUACUUCGCCCUCGCCUAGGGUCCUACGAUACAGAAGAAAGACACAAGAUCCGCACCGCAUUAACAAACUUUAUUCAGGAUCCCAGCCAAGAGAGCGAGCCCGCAUGGGAGGCAUACAUGCUGCUCCAGCUCGCAUUUCCGGAAACAGGAGUAAGCAUGCGAAGCACAAUCAUGACCUCUUUCUUCCAACGGAACCGGAGCGAUCUCGCCUUCCUCGUGUUCGGUCACAUGCGCCAGGCUGAAGAUUUCGCGCAGCGGCCCAAACCAGACACUUAUGCCCGCUGCUUCCGGGGCCUUGCACAAACACAAGACUCAAAACACCUCGAACUGGUGCACAAUAUGCUCAAGCUUGAUACCGAAGUCGACCUGAACACGCGUCUUUUGAACUGGCUCAUGCUCGCAUAUGCGGAAUGUGACAUGCCUGAAAAGAGCAUGCAGAUUUUCCGUGAGAUCCUCCAGUCCGAAGAAGGCCCGUCGCAACGUACAAUCUUCUUCUUCUUCAGAGCUUGCGAGAAGCACCAUAACGGUACACAUGAGGCUAUGAAAAUGGUGGAGAAAAUGAAACGCCUUGAGAUUGCCUUCGACCGCCGGUUAUACACAGCUUAUGUGGAAGCCUUAGCUGCGCAGUGUGAGUUCGACCUUGCCACGGAAGCUCUAGACGCCAUGAAGGAUGUGACGGGGCAUUCGCCAACUUUUACAUCAAUCGGACACUUAUACAACGCCAUUCCUUACCAGCAUUGGAAGGACGAAGUCGAGAAAUGGGCCAAGGACAGGCAUCCCAAUCUUUGGGCGCAGCUAGAGAAAAUUGAGCGUGAGGAGCAUGAAGAGGGCCUGAAGUUUAAGCUACCUAGGAAGAGAGACUUGUCAAACUUGGACGGGAGCAUGCGAUGA